CGUGGAGGUAUCCGUCAUGGACUGACCUCGGAGUUGAUGGUCGCUCUUGCCAGUCUUUGUGUCAUGAGUGAGGAUGCCAGUGCACCUUGAUGGCUCCCAUCAUGAGAGCUGUCCUACUAAACGUCUCACAAACUUCCAUUUUUUCCCUUGAGUCGUUUCUCUCCCCGUACACCCAGACAUUGCUCUAAGAACAGUAUCAUUAGCCCGUUCCUGGCAAUCUUCUCUGCCAUUAACAGUAUCUCUUCUUAUCCCUCACCCAUUCGAGCACCCUGUCUUCAUUUCCCCUACCAUUUAACUCAACCGGCAACAUGGGGCUCAUCAUCCGCGACAACGCCGAAUCCGCCAGUUCCUACGUGGCCGACUACAUCGUCGAUCGCAUCACCUCCUUCUCUCCUACCCAGACUCGCCCCUUUGUCCUCGGUCUCCCAACCGGCUCCAGUCCCCUCGGCAUCUACAAGUCUCUUGUAGAGAAGUACAAAGCUGGUUUGGUCUCCUUCGAAAAUGUCAUAACCUUCAAUAUGGACGAAUACAUCUCCCUUCCCCCGACCCAUCCUCAAUCCUACGCCUCCUACAUGCACGACAACUUCUUCUCCCACGUCAAUAUACCCCCGCAAAACAUCAACCUUCUCAAUGGCCUCGCUCCAGACCUCGCUGCCGAGUGCUCACGCUACGAAUCCAAGAUUGCUGCCGCCGACGGAAUUGACCUGUUUCUUGCCGGCCUGGGAGAGGAUGGACACCUAGCUUUCAACGAGCCCGGUUCCAGCUUGGCCUCACGAACGCGUGUCGUGACACUAGCAGAGGACACCAUCCUCGCAAACAGUCGAUUCUUCGACGAUGAUGUGGAUAAAGUGCCCCGGAUGGCGUUGACGGUGGGGGUAAAGACGGUCCUGGAGGCGAAGGAAGUGCUGAUGAUUGUUCUUGGUGCGAGAAAGGCGAGAGCAUUGAAAAAGUGUGUAGAGGAGGGGGUGAGUUGUAUGUGGACUGGCUCGGCACUGCAAAUGCAUGAGAGGGCUAUCGUGGUUUGUGACGAGGAGGCGGCGGGUGAGCUGAGGUGGAAGACGGUCAAGUACUUUAAAUCGAUUGAACACCGAGAAUCCGGCCCUGACCACAGCCCUGACCAAUCCCUGCCCAUCAGGAACGACCUUGGUGCCUCCCAGACCAACCUCAAAACCGCCGCCGGACCACUAACACCAGAGUCAACGCCAAAAGCAACUGCCACACACACCUCAUCUUCUCCCAUUUCUCCGGUGGCAGAAACGGCCCCAACACUUCUCACCACAUCUUUUGAUGCAGACCAGUCCCCAGUCUAUACGUCCUUGGAGAAAGAAAUCCUCGCCCAACCCGUGCCCAAAAGUCAUGGUCUCCUAGGACUCCUCGGGACUUCAUCAUUUCCACCCAUCGAGUCAGCCACCCGCCAUUCCCGAGAGCCGUCUCGAGCUCGAUCCCACUCCCACUCACAAUCAGACGGCCAUGCCUCGGACGGAGACUCUGAAACAGAGUCGGAGUACAUUGACCUAGAGCCAGACAGAAUGGCCUCCAGGCUAAGUGAUGCCGCUUUUGCUGCUGAAGCGUUGAGAAGGUUGACGCCGAAUCCUGAAGAGGGGAGAAGGUAAGUAAGGGCAGUGAGGAGGGUAUCGGGUCCAAGUCUGGUGCUAUUUCAAACCUGUGGAUGGAGAGUGGCGAAGAAGAUUGUUCCAAUGACUGGAUACGCCACGGAGUAAACCGACUGUAUCCCCUAAUUUUGGAAUAACCCAAAGAACAGAACAGAAUCACUAAACAAGACAUUUUCUCAUUGUUACUCCUAUA